AUGACAACGAUUAGAAACUGGACAACAACAACAUCGAACCAAAACCAACCUAUUCAAUUACCUACCUCACCUUCAAAAUCAAAUCACCAAUCAGACCUCUCAUUCAAAUCAAUUUCUAAUACUCUUACCAAUAAAAUCAGAUUACUUCUACUCCGCCCAACUAGAUUGCUUAUUUCAAUUAUUAGUUUAUCUUUAUUUAUUUACGUUUUCAUUGAUUCUCAUCAUUCUGAUCUAUCAUUACCACAAAGAUGGUCAAUCAUUCGAUCCAGAAAUCUACCAGAGUAUUGUUAUAAUCCAUAUCAACUACCUGGACAAGUAGAAACCCCACAACCACCCCAAACGAAAUCGAAAUAUGAAGCACAAUGGAUAGUCAAGAAUCCACAACCUAGAAGAAGAGGAAGAAAUGAAGGAAAACAAGUAGGACAAAACUUUAAAAUCAAAUCGUUAUUAUCAGAUUUGUUAAAUGGAAUUGAACAUAAAUGGUUAAAAGAUAAAACUAUAAUCUUAAUUGGAGACUCAUUAGAUAGAAAUGUAGUUCAUUUUAUUUUCAAUGAUGUUUUAAUGAAUUCAAAAGUUUCUAAUCAUCGAUUUUUAACCAACCAAACUGAUCCUAAAUUUAUAGAACCUCAAACUGCUUCUCAUAGAAUUGGGAUUGGAAAACAUUUGAAUUUAAACUUUGUUAUAUCUAAUUGGUUUUUAAUGGGAAUCGAUAUAGAAAGUCCACAAGAAUUUUUUCAUCCAGAUGAAGAUGAACCACAAGAAUUCGAAUCUAGAAUUCGAAAAUUUUACUUACCUUUAUUAGGAACCGAAUUAACCAAAACACCUGAUUUAGUUUUAUUUAAUUCUGGAUUAUGGGAUUUAGUUUAUAGAUCAGAAGCAUCAGUAUAUAAUUCAAAACAUAAUUCAACUUUAUCUAAACCUAGAAUAGGAGAAAGAUUAACAAACCAAGAGUUAUUAGAACAUGAAGAAAGGUUUAUGAAAUUUAUUAGAGUUUUACAAUCGAUCUUUCCGAAUAAAAAAACGAAAUUGGUUUAUAGAACGAUGCCAUAUUCAUCCAAAAAUGCGAAUUCCAAUGCGAUGAGUACAAAACGAAUCAUUCAAUUUGAUACAUUUCAUUUAAAACUUAUUCAUAAACUUAAUUCUGUCUCUGGUUCUAAACAAAUCGGGGUUCUGGAUUGGAGCUCGGUAACUCAUGAACUUCUAUUCGAAUUGAAAGAUUUGGUUCAUUUUAAUCCGGGUAAAGCUCAAUGGUUUUUUGCUGAACUUUUACUUCACCAACUUAGAAGAAUCGUUCUAGGUGAUAAUCAUCAAACAGAAUGGCCAGAUUGUCAAGAAUAUAUGACUUUGCUUCAAACUUCUUCUCCUUCUUCUUCUAACUAA